UUCAACCUCUCUCGACCGCUGCUGCUAAGGCGAAAGUUAAAAGAUACUGAAAUUGAAUAAACUAAAAGUUGAUGAAGGAAGGAAAGAAUGUGGUUGAGGGAAGUAAAGAAGCUGGGAAUACUGAGGAAACCAAAAUAAUUUUGAGAGACUGAAGAAGAAUAGGAUCUGUCCAUUCCAAGUAAAGUAUUCAUUGUUUCAUCAGUAUUACAAAACCCUAGCUAGCUAUCAAUCGUAUAACUUCAUCGAUCUGUUUCCAUUAUUGCUUUCAUUUCUUCAUCUGCAACCUCAAGUCAGGAGUUUGCAUCUCAACUAGAGACACUAUAAGAUCAGUUACUGUUGCUGGCAUUUCUGGUUCUGCAAUCUCAAGAAUCUGUAACUGAAGAGCGACACAGUGAGAGAGAGAAUCUGCAAGCUCAAGAACCACUGAGCUGGGAUCAAAUAGUGUUAGAUCUAUUUCUGUUGGUGAUAUUAUAUUAUUCUGGAUUUGCAACGUAAAGAUUCAGACAGUUUAAGGUGUAAGUGAAUCUUGAGACAGAAAUAUCAUCUGCAAUCUCAACAACCAUUGAAAUACUGUCAGGUCCUACAAGUUGCUGAAAUGACAGAGGUGGUUUUUGCUAUUGUAUCAAAAGUCUCGGAAUUUUUGGUGGACCCAGCAAUACAUCAAGGAUAUUACUUGUUUUGUGUCGGCAAACUCACCAAAAAGCUUGACGAAGAAAAGGAAAACCUGACAUCAACAAUAGAUGGGAUUUCUCAACGUGCAGGAGAAGCAAAGAAGAAAACUGAGAAGAUUGAAAAUGCUGUGAAGAAAUGGUUGCAAGAAGCACAAAGUCUUCUGCAAGAUGCGGAGAAUUUGGAAAAAGAAGUGAGAGCCAGCGGUUGCUUCUGGAAUUUGUGCCCCACUUGGCGAAGAUAUUGUUUAUGCAAGCAGUUGGCAAGGAAGAUAGAAAGAAUGAUGGAGCUCAAGAACAACAGCAAGUUUGAGAGAUUUUCUAGUCCCAUUUCACUCCCAACCAAUGUUGAAUACUUCUCCUCAGGAAACUUUAUGAUAUUUAAAUCCACAAAGUUGGCUUAUGAUCAACUAUUGGAGGCGAUGAAAGAUGAUGAUUGCUUUAUGGUAUGCUUGCAUGGGAUGGGAGGGUGUGGCAAAACAACCCUUGCAAUAGAAGUGAGCAAAAGGGCUAAAGAACUGAAUCUCUUUGAUAAAGUUGUUUUUACUACUGUGUCCAAAUCUCCUAAUGUUAGAAAGAUUCAAGGUGAAAUUGCUGACGAAUUGGGUUUGAGUCCACUAAAGGAAGAAAGCGAGGCUGGGAGGGCAAGACGAUUAUCAUUGGGAAUGCGAAAGGGGAGGAUUCUUAUUGUAUUGGAUGAUGUCUGGGGAAUUUUGAAUCUUGAAGACUUUGGGAUCCCGUUAAAUUGCAACCUUGAAGGCUGCAAGGUUUUAUUAACUACACGUCUCCAACAACUUUGUUCAUUGAUGAAUGGUCAAAGGAAUGUUCCAUUGCAUCUCUUAUCAGAAGAGGAAGCUUGGACUUUUUUUCAAAACAAAGCAUGCAUAGUUGAUGACUCUUCUUUGUUAAAUACUGUGGCACGAGAGGUUGCAGCAGAAUGCAAAGGAUUGCCCAUUGCAAUUCAAGCUGUGGGAACAGCUUUGAAAGGAAAGCCUCUUGAUAAUUGGAAGGAUGCGUUAUAUAAACUAAGGCAUUCGAAACCUAUUGGAGUGCCCCAAGGUGUGAAAGAUGCCUUUACUUGUCUUCAAUAUAGCUAUGAUGCCUUGACAAGCAAUGAGGCAAAGGGUCUUUUCUUGACAUGUAGUAUUUUUCAAGAGGAUCGUGUGAUCAAAAGAGAAGACUUGUUUAGAUAUGGAGUAGGGUUAGGUUUAUUUGGGGAAGCUAGUACAUUUGAUGAUUUAAGGAGCAGAGUGAAUGCAGCUUUAACUGACCUCCUUGAUUAUUCUUUGAUAAUGCAUUCUGAGACAGGACAAAACUGCUUCAAAAUUCAUGAUGUUGUUCGUGAUUUUGCUUUGUGGGUAGCAUCCACAAUCAACCGUCCUGUCAUAGUUGACCAUGCAAAGGGGCUGAGUUCGUUGGCUUUGGAAGGAAACAUAAAAAAUUGUUUUGCUAUAUCUACAUGGUCCAAUAAAGACGAAGAUCCAUUUCCUCAACAAUUAUAUGUUCAAAAGCUAGAGAUGCUAUUACUAAUUUCAGCUAGACAGUAA